GUGUCAGCCGAGACGUCAGGUGGCCAAGGAGCGCAGUUGCAUUGCAAGACAUGCGGCAGUGCUGGAAGCCAGCGGUGUGCGUGGGACCCACGACGAACUGCGCACCCUUUUCAAGAUCGAAGAGCUCAAGAUCGAUCAGGGAAGGAAGGUGGCGGUGGUCGGCGCCAACGGCUGCGGGAAAUCCACCUUGCUGUCUGUUCUGGCCGGGAAGAACUCUCCCAAGGAGGGAGAAGUCGUCCUGCGAUCUGGCGCGCACGUGACCGUCGUCGAACAAAGCCCGAAGUUUGACUCGAAGAAGACGGUGCAGGACACCAUUUUCGAGAAGGCGAACUCCCCGCAGGCACAGGCCGCCCGGGAUUUCCGCGUGGCCACGGCACUGGGCGACGAGGAGAAGCUGUCAAAAGCCUUGGAGAAGAUGGAUGCCAUGCCAGAGGCCUGGACCUGGGAUGAGCAAGUCACCCGCGUAGCGGAGGAGCUGGGUCUCGGCCCUUUGCUCGAUCGCCAAGUCGGGUCCUUGAGUGGAGGCGAGGAGCGUCGCGUGGCGCUUGCUGCCGCGCUGGUGGACCUUCCAAGCACCGACUUGCUGAUCUUGGAUGAGCCAACCAACCAUCUCUCCGCGGAAGGCUGCGAGUUUCUCCAGGAAACGCUCACCUCUGCUCGCGAUGUCAGUCUCAUUCUAGUGUCGCACGACCGCUACUUCCUUGACCGGGUCUGUGACGAAAUCUUCGAGAUCGACGGAAAUGGGGAGACUUUCAGCCAUCCAGGUAGCUGGGAGCUUUUCUUGAAGAGAAGAGCAGAGAGGUACCAGGCUCGCGCCAGCGAAGUGCAAGAUGCGAAGGUGCAACUUCGUCGUGCCGAAGCAUGGGCGCGUCGCGGCGCCAGCGGCCGCGGCACGAAGAAUCGGGCGCAGAUGAACGCCGUGGAUGAUCUGCGCCAAAGAGCCCAGAAGGUGGUGGCCGCGAACGAUGGCAACCCGGACCUCGAGGACAAGAUGCUGCAG